AUGUCUGAAGUGAUCACUGUCUCUACUAGACGUGGUGGAUUCCAACAAUUUGAUAGUAUAGCCGAUGAGUUUGAAGAAGAUGAAGACGUAGACAUGUCCGAUGUCGAUGAGGGAGAAAGCGGUGGUGAAAAAUCUGGAUUGCAGAUUGUGACUCCUGGUGAACUUGUGAGUGAGGAUCCUGCAUGGAUGAGAGGCCAUGGAACGUACUUUUUGGAUAAUAUGACCUACUCUUCAGUUGCUGGGACUGUAUCGAAAGUUAAUAGAUUGCUGUCUGUUUUACCUUUGAAAGGUCGUUAUUCACCAGAAACUGGUGAUCAUAUUGUUGGGAGAAUUGCAGAGGUUGGCAAUAAGAGGUGGAGAGUCGAUAUCGGUGGGAAACAACAUGCUGUGCUAAUGCUGGGAUCUGUUAAUCUGCCGGGUGGUAUUCUGAGGAGGAAAUCAGAGAGUGACGAAUUACAGAUGAGAAGUUUUCUAAAAGAAGGUGAUUUACUGAAUGCGGAGGUUCAAUCGUUAUUCCAGGAUGGAAGCGCAUCUUUGCAUACAAGAUCUCUAAAGUACGGAAAAUUAAGAGAUGGUGUCUUUUGCCAAGUGCCCAGUUCUCUUAUAGUAAGAUCGAAAAAUCAUACGCACAACUUACCAGGUAAUGUCACAGUGGUUCUUGGGGUAAAUGGUUAUAUAUGGUUGAGAAAAACUUCAAAGAUGGAUUCUGCUAGAGAUGCACCUUCGGGCGCUAGUAUGGGCUCAACGGGCGGUCCUACGGGAGCCAAGUCGUUGAAGGCUGAUAGUGUUUCCAUAACAAGGCUAGAAGAAGAGUCGUCGUGGCAGAUAUAUGUGGACGAAAACGAUCCGACGAUAACGAAUAGUGUAAGACAAACAAUUGCUCGUUACGCGAACGUUAUAAAGGCUCUAGCGUAUUGCGAAAUUGGUAUCACGCAAGAGAGAAUUGUGAGUGCUUAUGAGGCAAGUAUGUCAUAUUCGAACAGUGGUAGUCUAAUUGAGAAGGAGGCAAUGGAGAGUUUAGGUGACGAUGUACUAAACGCAGAAAAGAUGAGGGGAUCACCGCUUUAA